GUGUGGGAAAAUUUAAAUGAGUCAAGAACCAACCAACAACUGCAGACCGAGGAAGUAGACGUCAAACUAAGGCCCAUCUCUCAUUGGUCUUUGGGGUGUCUGUCUGCUUGGGAGAAGCCUGACUUUGAGAGGGGAGGAUAUUUGAGAGUAUGAACAGAUAAGCUAUUCAUGGGUUUCUGUGAGGCGCUUGUCGAAAAUACUCUUAAACAGCUGAAGGGACGUUAACGAGUACAAGUUCAGCAUGCGUUACUUAUAACGCACUCUAUUGCCUAUAUUUAGGUGUCUACUUAACCCAAUAAUUAACUGAAUUAGUAUGUCUUAUAUCACUUGGCUCCGGAAAGGCAUUGCCGUAUUUUUUGAAUACGAUACGCCUCGUAUUGUACACAUUGAAAGCAAAAAAGUGGGCGUUACAUCUCGAUUCGUUCAAGCAUGCAUCCUUUCAUACAUCAUUGGAUACGUGAUUGUCUACCAAAGAGGCUACCAACAAUUUGAUCCCGUGGAAUCGGCGGUAACCACCAAAUUGAAAGGAGUAGCCUAUACCAAUUUCACGGAUGAUGAGAUGGCGGGCGUGCCUCCGGAAUGGCGGUAUCUUUAUCGGCGAGUUUGGGACGUGACCGACUAUGUGGUGCCAGCCACUCAAAACAACGCCUUCUUCGUUAUCACAAACAUCAUCAUAACACCCAACCAAAAUCAGAGCACUUGUCCAGAAGAUCCAAAAAUCGCAGGGUCAAUUUGUGACCCCCGACAGAAUCAGUGUCAUGAAGGUGAAUCCUUACCCUUGGGUCAUGGCGUUAACACGGGCAGGUGCGUUCAAGCCCAACCGUCUCAUGGCGAAGAACCCCAGGAUAAAGAAGUGUUCACAUGCGAGAUUUUGGCUUGGUGUCCCCUGGAGUUCGACCAACAACCUCUAAAGGAUCGCGCCUUAUUGGCGGCCUCGGCCAAUUUCACCGUGUUGAUCAAGAACCAAAUCGAAUUCCCGCUCUAUGAGAAGAGGCGUUCCAACAUAUUGGAAUCCAGCAACUCCACCUAUCUCCAAUCGUGCUUGUAUGAUCAGGAAACCGACCCAUUUUGUCCCGUGUUCAAGCUGGGCACCAUUGUCAGGUUGGCCAAUGAAACCUACGAGGAUAUCGCCAUCAACGGGGCCGUCAUGUCCAUUAUAAUCCAUUGGGAUUGCAACCUCGACCAUGAUUUCAUGUCUCGGUGUGUGCCCAUAUACAAAUUCCGACGUUUGGAUAGCGCGGAUGCCAAGAUUGCUCCGGGGUACAACUUCCGCUUCGCCGAGUAUUACAAAACUGGCAAGCGAACCCUGUUCAAGGCCUAUGGUAUUCUUUUUGUGCUGGAUGUCCAAGGCCGGGCUGGCAAGUUCAGUUUCAUCCCAUUUUUUAUCAAUUUGGGCGCGGGAUUGGCCUUGCUGAGCAUUGCCACCAUUAUCUGUGAUAUCUUUGUCUUAUACGUCAUGCGGGACCGGCAGAUUUACCGGGACAAGAAGUACCUGAUGGUCAAAGGCUCCGACGCGUUUUCCGUUUACCGUGAGAUGGACAACAGUGAAGAUGACGACGGACAGCAGGGACCGGCCAUCGAAUCUGAAAACAGCCGUGCCAACGAUUAGGGAUAAAGGAAUGACUGAACGAAAGAAAGCACCUUUUUAUGAGUGAACUGGGUGUAUAGCAAUACUGUUUAAUUCUUGAAAAUCCCAUUCCCUAUGAACCGAAACAUUUUGAAAAAUUGGUUUGGAAUGUUCUUCGAAAGUGAUCUGUCUGAAUCAUAGCUUGGGUGGAAUUUUUCUUCUGAACCAUUCAAGGCUUUUUCCCAACUGGAGGUUCUGCGAGAUCUCUGAUAGAAUACAUAUAACUCUCAUUUCCUUUGUUUCUAUGAAA